AUCUGUGGGCAUGGUUAUGUUGACAUGUUCCGCCUACUGGCGGUCCUCGGACUUCACACAGACAGUUGUGUGUUUAUAAAAAAUGCUCUCUGAUGCGGCAAAUUUUCAGCUGCACACCCAUUUGUCUACACUGGCCGGCAUUCACAAAAUCUACCACACCCUGCACAGGCUGAACCUGACGGAGGACGUUGGACAUAACGGUCACUCCACAGCCUGCUGCUCCAGAGCCAUGCCUCCUAGGAAAAAGAGGAGACCCACUGCUGGAGAUGACCUGUCAGCUAAGAAGAGUCGCCAGGACAGUGUUUUUAGAAAACAUGAGGCACCACAAAUCCGAGAGGAGGAUACCUUCUCCAGUAAAAGAUGUCUGGAGUGGUUCUACGAAUACGCAGUCUGUGACGAUGUUGUGGGGCCAGAGGGAAUGGAGAAGUUCUGUGAAGACAUUGGAGUGGAACCCGAAAAUGUGGUGAUGCUGGUUCUGGCCUGGAAGUUAGAUGCCCAGAGUAUGGGCUACUUCACCCUACAGGAGUGGUUGAGUGGCAUGGGCUCCCUGCAGUGUGACUCCACAGAGAGGCUGAGGAACUCCCUGGACUACCUGAGGUCUGUCCUAAACAACACCACCAACUUUAAGCUCAUUUACAGAUACGCCUUCGACUUUGCUCGGGAAAAGGACCAGAGGAGUUUAGACCUGAACACCGCCAAGUGCAUGUUGGGGCUUCUCCUGGGAAAGACUUGGUCACUGUUUCCUGUGUUCAAUCAGUUUUUAGAGCAAUCCAAGUAUAAGGUCAUCAACAAAGACCAGUGGUGCAACGUUUUAGAGUUCAGCAGGACAAUCAACCUGGACCUCAGUAACUAUGACGAGGAUGGAGCCUGGCCAGUUUUGUUGGAUGAGUUUGUGGAAUGGUACAAAGAAAGAGAGAUGUCAUAGCAUCAGGUACACUGCAACAAAUGUCAACAAAACAACAUAAUACAACGACGACGGCUAUGAGAAAACAAACUAUACAAAAUGGAGAGGUGCGUGUCAGCGAUGACAGGUGGUGCUUCCAGGUAAUGAUUGCAGGGGGGUGUAAGGUCCAAAACUGGGUGUAAGCUGCCCUGGCGAGAUUGGGAUGUAGAUUACUUAUGGUCACUAUGGAGACACCAACUAUCUCCGGGUAAUGUUCCCUACCCAUGUUGCAUUGUGGUUAAGCACAUGGCAGCCCCUGUGACGUUGCACCCCCUCACUGUGUGCUGUGUGAUAGGAUAACUGUUCUCAUGAGUGGCUGACGUGGGCUAAAUGGUUUUGUGUGAGAGAAAAAUCCACUCUUCAAUCCCUCGCUCCCGUAAGGAGGAAUAAAACAAAUGAAAUCCCUCCCUUUUGAACAGUCGGUCUUAGUCUUAAAUCAAGGUCAUUUUGACCUGGGCACAUUUGAAUAUUGUAUAUCCGUGCUUUGAACUUGAUCUGUGCUUGUCUCUUUAUAACCUACAGAACCCAUCGUUUCUAUCAGUUUUGUCCUAUAUUUGGGUUGAAUUGGAAUUCUUAAAGAAGUACAUUGUGUCAGGCUGAGUGUUACAGUAGUUGUUCUUUUAGCCAUGGUCCCUAAAGCUGUUAGAGGUGGAUGAUGACACCUCCACAGUUUACUAUAACAAAGUAAUUUGAGCCCCCAGUGGUUUUCAUCCCCAUGCUCACUAUGAUACCACCAGCCUGUGCUAAAGUAUUUUAGCCCCCUGUGAAGGCUUCAGUUGACCUCAUACCACAACUAACCAAUCAGCAGUGCUGCCUAUUAACUCUUAUUACAGUGCAGUGGUCAGUUGUUGGUGGACUGGCCAGCAUUCAUGGUUUAUGUGACCAAUCUGUUUCUAAGCUGUAGGUUUGUAAGAGUUUUAUUUUUUUCUCAACAUUUUUUAUGGAGGUUGCUUUACUUGCUCAACACACACCCGCACACACACACACACAGUGGUCAGGGAUUAGAUCAGGAUGAAAUUAGACUUUUGGGCUUAUCAUUCAAGAGGUCUCAAAACCAUGGACAUUGAGGGUUAGAAUUAGACCCCUGUGACGAUGCUAUGCUUUUGCUAAUGUUCUUGUAACACAUGUAUAAACUUUUGUCUCUGGCUGUGAUGUGACGCUCAAUUGUCAUGAGUGAAACGUUGCAUGCACCUUCUCCGUCAGAGCCGUCUGUGAGUGGAUGAGAUUUUUGAAAACUUGUUUUGUUUUUUUUGUACAGGAAUUUGUGCUUCAUUUGAUAUCCUCCAUGUUGUCUUAACGCUUUAUGAAAACCAUGAUUGUGUAUAUUCAGAGCUGAAACACACAUGUAACCUCAUUUGAGGAAGAGGACUUCCCUCCUGCAUUUGCCAACCCCUCCCCCUAUCACACACAGUAAAAACGACAAAGAACCCCACUGUCAGUCUCUCAAACAAAUGGACAUGAACUGAAAUUAACAUGAGACUGCAUGUGUUGUAAGAAUGGUGUCAAUCAUUGAUUGGUCAAACCCAGUGGCAUCUUAUCCACAACUAAAGCAUGUACAGUAAAUGGAUCAAUUUAUGAAUUAGUAAGGUCACAUGAGAUCUCCACCUAUCAGUGAUCCAUGAUGCUUUGGCUGUCCUGUCCAGUCAUCAGUAUAUUUGUCUAUAUUAGGUUUUUGGAGAUGGAGCUAGUGGCUGGACUGCACACUAAUAAGUCUAAUUCAGAUGGUGUUCUACAUUGGUAACGCAGGAGGUUGCACAACCCUGUCCUGACUGUAUAUGUAUGUACAGUAUGUAUGUGUCUGUUUUCACUGUAACCUACAGUAUCUAUAUUAACUUACUGUUGUCAUUCAUUUUUGCUUUGCCAUCUUCCUUUACAGAAAGAUUCAAAUGUGGUUUGUGAUGAGAUGUUCGUUCUGUGUUUUUAAAUUGCACAGGAUCAAGUUUGAUUCUGCUACUGUAGGCCUAAUGUAUUUUUACUAUUGCAUUACCACAGUAAUUACCACGUCAUGUGUGCAUCUUAUUGUCCAGGUACCCAUAGAUCAACUGAUAUAAAAACAUCACAAACACAAUAUGGGCGACUUUCAUUACAGGUUUAUUUAUGAUGCAUCGGCCUCCACAUAAUGUGGAGGCAGUGUCAUGAAGAGAUUAUUUUGUAGCAAAAUAGAGGGGAGUAGGGUACUGAGUGAGUAAAGAAGGUGGAUAUGAAUCUGGGAAAUUGAGUUUUAAUGGUCCCACCUUUUAUUUGCGUCAGUCUGAAAUCAUUCAGUCACUUAAACAGCUGUUUUCAUUAAGACAAACAUGUCUGGUGUUACACUCAUUUACAACAAUGUAAUUAAAAUAAACAACUUACGUUUUAACAA